AUGUCUGACCCAUUCCAAAAUGAUGUGACUGUGGUCAAAAAGGCUCAAAUCCAACCAAGCUCAGUUACUCAGACUUCUCUUCUGAACACCAGCACGACGCCGGCGCCAUCUUCGGAAGUAUUCUGGUCCAAGCCUGUUCCAUCCGCUCACGCCUGGGAUAAGAUCUUGUUAUCUGCGUUGUAUGCGCCGUUGCUUAUAGUAGGGUUGGCUUUCUUUACGCCUGAGACGAAACAGGACAGUUUGAGUGACUUCCAGUACCGUUGCGCGGGGGCGGGUUAUUUUGCUGUGCUUCCGUUGUUGGUGUUUGGUUACAUCAGCUUGCCAUGGCUGACAUUUUCUUUGGGUUGUGUAGCGGCAUUGGUUGGUUACUAUGUGGUGGGGUCGCCGCGGGCUUCCGUGAAAUUGAAGGAGAUGACCGCUUUGUGUUUGACGGGUCUAUGCAUUUCGGGAUGGGUCGAGAACAUCACGACCGGUCUCUUUUCUGGCGGUGGUGUCCUGGGUGGUCCGGCGGGUUACGGUGUCUUCCUUGGAUCGUUGUUGCGACCAAAGACGUCGCUGGCCUUCUCCCUCUGUCGGGCUCCCAUUGCCCUUGGUACGGUCGGCCUCGUGGUCACUGCUUUCCGAGUGGGGACCAUGCACGGUCCUAAGCCCACUAAGCUUGGAAUCGUGGCCAUCGCUAUCUCUGCCUCCACCUGCAUACUUACUGGCGCCGCCGCCAUAAUGUAUCUCGUCACCGGCACCGCCUUGGCCGUCCACCCCUUCCCUUUCUUCGGAGGACCACCCAAACUGGUCAUCCCGUCUCAGGAAGCCACACUCCUCCUGCUCUCCGAAGCAGCUCUCUUCCUUGCCACCUACCUCUACAGAGACGCACAAUUCCGCCAGGCACUCCAGCUUUGGGGCGGACCCUUAGACACAGCCAGAGAAGACGAAGACCUACUGUUGCAAGACCGCUCAAAUAAGGUUCCCGAAGACUGGAAACGAUCCUUCUCCAUGCCCUCCGCGGAGUCUAUAGCCAACACAGAUGAUGAGGAAGAACAACGCGACCCCGCCGACGACUUCGCCCCCUAA